CGACAUCUGCAGACGAGGUAGCAGCGUGUCCAUUCAGAAGAGAGUUGUCCGCUCGCGUGAGUAGGGUACAACAGGUCGUCGCGCGAAACCGGCCGGCGCAAGCACGCGACUCUAGUGUGUGUUAUGAAGAACUAGACCGACCAGAGUGUAGUGACUUUUUCUCAACGGAAGCAAACGACGAACCAAGAUGGGCCUAACGCAGGCUGAAAAGGUGAUACCGGGAGUGCGAUGGCUUCGCGGGUACAGUGCACGGUUUGCGGUGGCCGAUUUGAUUGCUGGGAUUACGGUUGGACUUACGGUUUUGCCGCAGGGGUUGGCGUACGCUACGCUAGCCGGAUUGGAGCCCCAGUACGGGUUGUACUCGGCGUUCGUUGGUGGGUUGAUGUACGCGUUGAUUGGAGGUUGUCGUGAAGUUACCAUUGGACCAACCGCCCUGCUAGCACUGAUGACCAGUCGGCACACCGGGCAUGGUGGUGAAUCGGGACCGCACUUUGCCAUCCUGCUGUGCUUCCUGUCCGGAAUUGUGGAGCUGGCGAUGGCCGUGUUGCGACUCGGUGCCCUCGUUGACCUGAUUUCACUGCCGGUAACCGUUGGGUUCACAUCGGCCACGGCACUGAUCAUCGGAGCAUCCCAGCUGAAGGCGCUGCUGGGUAUUCGCGGAGGAUCUGGUUCCGGGUUUGCCGAAACGAUCAAAACCGUGAUUGAAAAGUUUGGCGAAGCUCGCGUUUCGGACAGUGUGCUCGGAUUUGCGUCGAUUGCCGUGCUGUUGGCGAUGAGGAAACUCAAGGACAUCAAAACUCCCGCUGAUGCCAGCAAGGGUCGGAAAACGUUCGGCGUCGCCCUGUGGCUGUUUGCAACAGCCCGUAACGCCCUGCUCGUACUGGUCACCAGCUCUAUCGCCUUCUAUUACGACUCCAAGGGCGAGCGGCCUUUCAUCCUGACCGGUACCGUCAAGAGUGGCAUCCCCGGAUUCCACGUGCCACCGUUCUCCACGCAACUGCCCGGACCUAACAACACCAGCACGGAGGUCGGCUUCGUCGGGAUGGUUUCGGAACUUGGGAUCAACAUCGCACUGGUGCCGGUAAUUGCCGUGCUCGGAAAUGUGGCCAUUUCGAAGGCCUUUGGUGGAAGUGGCAUCAACCCGACCAAGGAACUGGUAGCGUUGUCGCUGAGCAACAUUGUGGGAUCAUUCUUCAGCUCGAUUCCGGUGACCGGAUCCUUCUCCAGAAGUGCCGUCAACCAUGCUAGUGGUGUAAAGACGCCGAUCGGUGGAAUCUACACCGGAGCGCUUGUUCUGCUAGCUUUGGGACUGCUAACGCCAUACUUCCAGUUCAUUCCCAAGGCAGCGCUCAGUGCGGUCAUCAUUUCGGCGGUCAUCUUCAUGAUAGAGUAUGAAGUCAUUCGACCACUUUGGAAAUGUAACAAACGAGAGUUGAUUCCCGGUGCGGUCACCUUCGUCCUAAGCUUGAUCAUUGGAGUCGAGCUGGGCCUGCUAGCCGGAGUCCUAGCCGACCUCGCGUUUGUAGUCUACAGAACGGCUCGUCCUCACAUCAGUGCCGAGCUGGAGACGACCUCGUCCGAAGUUCCCUUCAUUAUUAUUCGGCCACGCCACAGCUUGCUGUACUUCCCGGCGGUCGAGUGGGUACGGAAUGGCAUUUCAAAGGCCAUCAAAAGCCACGGCAACAUCCCGGUUGUGCUGGACUGCCGAACCGUUAACGAGUUUGACUACACGGCCGCGACCGGCCUGGGAGCGCUCCGGAAGGAGCUGGACACCAAAAAGAUUCCCCUGGUGGUGCUGGGACCGUCCAACGAGGUGCGUAAAAUGCUUCGCGAAACGCUGAAGAGCUCGCUGUUGGUAGCGAGCAACGAGGAAGAGCUGGACGCGGUGCUGCUCGAGUUGAGCUGCGAAAGCCGGAAGGGCGAGUUGCGGGAGGUUGUUCUGCCACUGUUGCCACAGGUCAGUGCGGAGCAGGAGAGUCCCCCGACGACAGCGGUCGAUAUUGAGGAAUAACGUGCCAUGUGGCGCAAUAAGAUUGCGGUAAGAAUUGUUAUAUUUUUUCUGUGUAGUGUACAAUUGCAACUGUGUUCUCUCUGCAACGUAUCUCCUGGGAUGAUCGAAUGUUCCUCUGUAUAUUUGUCUUUUUGUACGUAUUUAGCUGCUAAGAUAGGUUUAAAUGACCCAAGAAAUAUCAAUUGUAUGUAUUUCCUACUAA